CUGCAUGAAGGUGACGGGGUCACUUCAAAAUCUGAGAAUGUCGUCCAUUCUUGGCGUCCCAGCAGUUGUAAAUCGUGAUCCGAAUCCUUACUUUUCUGGUCAGUUAAGACAUCACAGUUCAGACUGUGCUACUGAAAGCGUUGGUUAUCGAGGAACUCCCUACAAUUCAGUAAAUGUUUCAUCUACCCGUGAUGUAACACACAGUCCAUUAACCUCACAUCUGGCGUCCAAAGAUUCACUUCCUAUAUGCACUGGAUGCAGACGUAGCAUUUCAGACCAAUAUCUUUACCGUAUUCAUGGCUUGGCUUGGCAUGAAUCAUGUGCGGUUUGCUCAGUAUGUUCAUCAGAACUUGUGGAGGUAUGCUUUAUUGUCAAUAAAAAUGAGUUAUUGUGCCGCAGAGACUAUGAUCGCCUUUAUGCAACUAAAUGUGUGAACUGUCGGCAGCCAAUGCGAAGCCAUGAAUUAUUUAUGCGUGCAAAACACUCAAUAUCACUGACAAGAAACUCAUCUAAUCAAAUUGCUUUGAACUCUUCAAGUCAAGAACUAAUUUUCCAUGUCUCCUGUUUUACAUGUUGUAUAUGUCAACAACCUAUAGCAGCUGGUGAGGCAUAUAUUAUUGAUCCAGUCACGUGUCGACCGAUAUGUCGUUCAGAUUUUCUCACAAAACAACAACACUUCCAACAACAACAACAACAAGAACUGAAUUCAUCUACUCUCAUUAAUAAUAAUACACAUGUUGAAAUAAACGAUAACCAGAUGUUAUCAUCUACAGAGUCAUCGUCAUCAUCAUCGUCUCGGAAUUGGCAAGGAUAUAAUAAUGGACGAGAUUGUGAACAAAUGCAUCAGCCUUUAUCGAAUAUUUGCUUAUCUAGUCAACAAAAUGAAUGUGACAAUGAUAUUGAAUUGAUGAGUAAUAAAACUGAUUGGCCACCUAAUCAAAACCAUCUUGAUCAUAGUUAUAAUUCAUUGAAUAGUAGUGGAGGAUUCGGUUCAAUGAAUCGACGUAUACGAACUUCACUCACUGAUGAACAGCGUUAUCGACUACAAGAAGCUUAUGAAUUAAAUGUUCGUCCAUCGAAAAGUAUGCGUGAAGCAUUGGCUUCAGAGCUAGGUGUACCUAUGCGGGUUGUGCAGGUAUGGUUUCAAAACCAGCGUGCACGUGAUAAACGAGCCUCUACUUUUGGUCGUGAUAAAUCAUCAUCUAUCCCACUUGUGAAUAAUCCUCAUCAACAUGAAAGACAACAAUUACAUUUUGAAGAACAACAAUCCCACCAUCAAAAUGAACAACAAUCCUCCGAUCUGUGUCCUUUUACACCAUCCCCACAUACUUCUGUUGAAAGUGGUCCAUUCCCAGAGUUUGGUGGAUUCUCUACUGAAAAUUUAGUGCGUUAUAUUCCAGAGGAUAUGCACAAUGAUCAUCAUUCUGAUGUUGUUCAACCUUGGCGAUCUGUAUCACACGCUGUCUGGCUUGUAGAAAAUGGCAAUGAACACUCAACUGUUAGAUGAUAAAUCACAUUAUGUAUAUAUAUGUGUAUACAUAAUGAAGAAAAGAAAUCCUACGAAUCUUUUAACACCAGUGAAGUUAAGUUUUAUGAUCAUGUCAUACAUACAUGCUGUGUACACUGUGAAUAUAUAAUAACACAUGCAUUGUGUGUGUGUGUGUAUUCCUCACUUUUCUUUCGUUCUUACGAAACUGCAUACACAUUCACUCACUCACUCACUUACUCAUUUAUGGUAGCGAAGUUAUCUGUGAUUCCUUUGAAGAGCACCACCACCAACUACUAUGCAAUUCUUAACCAGAAAAUAAUUUAAACAAUAAAUAAAUAAUUUUGACCACUAAUUAAUUAAUUAAUCUUUCUAGGCUUUUUAAAAAAGAAUUAUGCAUUUCAGGUGUGUAAUAUAUAUAAAAGAGAGAUAGACACCUUUAUGAUGUGUCAUUAUUCAUUUACUCUAUUCUCUUAUCUGUGUUUGUGGAUAUUGUGCAAAUUUUCUAAUUUGUAAAUAUGACCUAUUAAAUAUAUAUUAUUUUAUAUUCAUAAAUCUCUCUGCUUCAUUCAUGCCCUUCAUUCUCAUAAACAGAAUAUGCUAAAUAGAGUGGGGGAUCAUCAAACUGUAUGUAAACUUAGAUUCGUUUUCUUUUUCAUGCUCAUUGUACACGUGUUUUAUUUUUCACAAGCUGUCCAAUGUGUGUGUAAGACGUUGUUUAACUCAUCUCAGGUGUUUACUUUUCUCUCUCUCUUUCUCUAUCUCUCCAAAUAUUCAAUAGACGGUUAUUUAAGUUUUUUUCAACAAGACACCAACAACAAACAACACAAUAGCAGUGUUUUUUGCAUUCUAACUGACUCACUCACUCACUCACUCUUUCCACCAGUGAUGAUGAUAUCCUUCCGGGUAGUGUAUUGCUUUUUUCUUGUUGCUGUUGUUGUUGUUCCCAUGCGAUUUUUUCUCUGUUCACAAAUUUCCCUUUCUUAGACAUGAUCCUUGCUUAGUAUUCUAUGUGAAGAAACUGGAAGGCUUUUUUCUCUGAAAGUCGUUGUUGUUAUUAUAAUAAGAUGUGAAAAAGAAGCAAGGUGGUUGCAUUUCUCUAUCGAUGGAUUAUUACAUACUCUGUGUGCAUGCUGUAUAUAUUCGUGCUAUUUGGAUUGCAUCUGUCUAUCAUCUCUUGCCCUUUUCUGUUGCGUUUUUUCUUUCUUGUAUACUUCUUAUAUAUUGGAAUUAUAUUGAUAGCAUUUUUAUUAUGAGGAUUGUUACACGUACAACACUUAUAUUAUUAUUAUUAUUAUUACUAUCUGUCACACGUAACAGUAGUCUCAGUGAUGUUAGUUUAUUAUAAAUGCAAUUAUAUAAGUGAUAUGAGAUGACAGAGAUCAUUGAGCGCUUGGAGAACCUGUAAUCAUCUUUUUUCUAUUUCUUCUCACUUCCUUUCUAUACAACUGUAAUUUUAACCUUUUACGUCAGAAAACCCUAUUCCAUCAUAACAUAUUCUCUCUGCGUGUGUGUCCAUAAGUGUCAUGCAAAACAAAAUACAUCUGUUGGGAUGAUUUGUCACAGACAUAGACAGAUUUAUGUACAGAGCUGCUACUUUUCCUUCCUCUAUCUCUCUCCCCCCCUCUGUCUCCGUCCGUCUCACGUACACACUUUCCUCGUUAAUUGUUCCUGUUAUCAAACAUCAUUAUUAGUAGUAGUAUGUUUGGUUCUUUGUUCAAGUUAGAUUUUUUUUCUUUCGUUGAUACUAUUGUGUUGUCGUUUUUCACAAUUCCUGUAUAAUUCCACUUCUGUCUGCUGACUUCUGUUUAUUAUUAUUGCAUCAAUAAGAAAGGCGUUCAAGAAGGUAUCUUUGUAUGCAGGUAGUUAGUUGUACACGUGUUUACACCUACCUGGCUUGUACGUGUGUGUAUGUAUCUAUGUAUGUAUUGUAUCCUUAUAAGAAUUUUUCUUCACAAGUGGAACUACUACUUACAAUCACUUGUGUUCCCAUGAACUCAAAGUGAACCAAAUCUCAAAUUUCCUUAUCUUAUUUUUCGCAUUGUCUAUUCACAUUAUUGUUUUAUCUCUUAUGAUACUAAUAAUUAUAAUUACGAUUAAUUUUUCUAGUUUCUUUUGUUUGUUUGUUUGUUUAUUUAUGCGCCUUGUGUAUACAUGACAAAAAUAUCAAAUGGAUUGCAUAAGUCCAA